GAGUUUGUAUAAAAGGAAUCGAUCCGCCCAAGAACGGCAUCAGUCAGUAGAACGAAAACGCUCCCGAACGGUUCCAGUGAAUCCAAUUCGCUUACUCCAUCCAAACCAAGAUGAUCAAGUUCAUUUGCCUGCUUGCCCUCGUCGCUGUGGUGGCCGCGAUGCCCAACGCACCGAUCGAGAAGCGUGAAGCAGUUGCACCGGAAGCGGUGAAGGUGACGCUCGAAAAGGAUGCUCCCGUCCCGGAAAGUGCGGUCGAGGCCAAGGACGAUCUGGACAAUGCCGAAACGUUUGGCUUCGGAUAUCGCAAGAUCAUCCACGUUGGAGUGCCGUACUACUCGGGCUAUCACUAUUAUCCUCGCUACUUCCACGGCGGCUAUCACGGUUACCAUGGAUACGGACACUUCUGGUAAAGGUAGUGUUUGGUGAUCCAAAGGGGUGAGGAUCAAACUGUACAUAACGCAAGAGAGUGAGCAGCUUCAUAAAAAUAAAACCACAAUACUGUGAGAUCAAAAGGAA